UUAGUCAUUCGGGGUGAUGGCUGUUGCCACUGAUCGGCUACUGAAACGCCUAGUAAGGUUACGUACUAAAGCCGAAGACAUUCUAAUGAAACAAAUGUUAAUGGAUGUUUCAGAAGUUUAUGAGUUUACUCCUCUAAUCGAAUCUUUGUCCUUCAAAAAUCUAUGUAAGAAAGCAAUGUCAGUUUGUAUAAUUGACCCACUAUGGAGAAUUGUACAUCUUUCAGCUCCUGAAUUGAUUAGGUUUCUUCAUCAAGAAGAAGAAGAAGGAUAUGCUUCUUUAGAUGUUAGUUGGUUAAAGUCUUUACCUACGAUCCUUUGCGAGCUUCGAGCUGUAUUAGAGCGUGUAGAUGGUAGAAACUGGGGCUUUUUUGACAGGCGUUUGUGGUUUGAGGUGAAUCAAGAUGAAGAAGUGAAGGGUAUGCUAGAAAAGAUUAGAGGUACGCUAGCUGAUUACGUUCCUAUUUUCGUUAACACAGCUCUAAGUAGCAAUGAUGUAAAAGAAGAAUUGAAGACUGUGAUUGACGUAAUGUUAAUACUUUGUAUUGAGUUAAUGGACCCAGAUGAGGAAUUUGUCGUGUUUGAUGUUAAGUCGAGGAGACUACUCGAGUGUGGAUAUGCAGAAAGUCAGGUUGAACUACUUUCCUUGACUGGUAGAUUACCGAUGAAACGAAAUGUAGAUGAAGAAGAAACUGUUGUAGGGUUUGAGGAUGAUACCAUCAAACUACUUGAUAGGCUUACCGGGUAUUCAAAGAAGCUGGAGAUUAUCACAAUAUUAGGAAUGCCAGGUCUCGGUAAAACUACCUUGGCCAGAAGAUUGUAUGGGGAUCCUUAUAUCGUAUAUUUCUUUCAUAUUCGUGCCUGGUCUUGUGUUUCUCAAGACUACGUGAAGAGGGAUGUUUUACUUGGUGUUUUAAGUUCUUUUCGGCAGCUUACACACAUUAUUCGAUGUAUGAGCGAUGAGCGGUUAGGGGAACAAAUAUACAGAGAAUUAAAGGGUCAAAGGUAUUUGGUGGUUUUGGAUGAUAUUUGGGACAAUAAAGCCUGGAAGGAGUUGAUAAUAUAUUUUCCAGAUGACAGAAAUGGGAGCAGGAUAUUGGUAACCACCCGAAACAAUAACCUGGAAUUGGAGGCAUCGCCCCACAGGUUACGCUUGCGUACAGCACGUGAAAGCUGGCGUAUUUUGCAGACAAUGAUUUUCAAAAAUGGAAAUAGUCCUUGGAGAUUGCAUGAUGUUGGAAAGCAGAUAUCUAGAAAAUGUUGCGGCUUGCCUCUUGCACUUUCUAUAACUGCAGGACUUUUAAGGAGUAGGUGGACACGAGCUUCUUGGAAAGAAGUUGCUGAGAGUUUAAGCGAUUACAUUGUUAGCGACCCAAAUCAGUACAUGGAUGCUCUUUCUUUAAGUUAUAAUCAUUUGCCUCAACAAUUACGACCAUGCUUUCUAUAUCUUGGAGCAUUUCCAGGAGAUUGUGAUAUUCCAGUUCACAAACUGAUUUGGUUAUGGGUUGCUCAGGGAUUCAUAGAUCAAACGGGGAGUAAAACUUUGGAGGAUGUUGCGGAGGAUUAUUUAAAGGACUUACUUGGUCGCAGUCUGAUAAUAGUUUCCAAAACGGGCGAUGAUGGACAAAUUAAAGCAUGUCAUGUCCAUGACCUAUUGCGAAGUUUGUGCUUGUGGAAAGCAAAGGAAGAGGGGUUCUCUCCAAUAAAUUACAGGUACGCACGUGUCUCUUCUGCAAUCUCUCCUGUCGUAGCUGUAGAACCUAAAACAACUUUGUCACGAGGUAGUUCUUCAGAGAAUUCUACUCAACAUGUCAACUUUGUUUUGUGCUGUCCAACAGAGUUAGGUGAAUGCUUUCAAGUGGGCAGACCCAUUGACAUUGAGACCUACAAAUUUCUAAGAAUACUAGAUAUUGAAUCAAUCUUUAUUUUCUCUUUUCCAAAUGAAGUACUAAAGCUAACUAAUUUGAGAUAUCUAGCACUUCAAGCUGAAAAUGGGAAUCCCCCCACAUCAAUAUCCAAUCUCAUACACUUACAAAUCUUGAUCAUAUCAUCAAGCAGUAAUAUUUCCGUACCUAGAAGUACGUGGGAUAUGGAAUGUUUAAGGCAUGUUUAUAUUAAGUCGGGUGAAAAUCUUAUUGAAGAUGCUUCUUCAGAUAAAUUGAAAAGAAUUUUAAACAAUAUCCAGACUAUUUCUGGUGUUUCACCUUCGCCUUCGUGCCUGGGUAUUUUGAAUAGAACUCCCAAUCUUAGAAAGCUUGGUUUUUGUGGACCUUUAGUAUCAAAUUUUGGGGUAUUGGAGUUUCCAAGUAUAUUUUCUUUGAACUGCCUUCAAGUGUUGAAGUUAAAAAAUACAAAGAUGUAUCAUGCACCAGUGAAAGCAUGCAGCCCCUUCAUGUAUCCUGAAAAGCUUAAGAGGCUAACCUUGUCAAAUACGGAUCUAGGCUGGAAUGAGAUGCAAACAUUUGGGUUACUACCGAAUCUUGAAGUUCUAAAAUUGAAUGUUAGUUCUUGCAUUGGAGAAAAAUGGGAAACAAGUGACUUGGGAUUUCCAAACCUUAAGAUUCUGAAGUUGCAAGACUUGGAUGUUGUGAGAUGGGAAACUUCAAGUGCUCACUUUCCAAAGCUUCAACGGUUGGUUGUGCGCCAUUGUUCAAGGCUUGAAGAUAUUCCGGCUAGUAUUGGUGACAUAUUGACACUAGAAUUGAUCGAGGUCAGUUGGUGCUGUGAAUCUACUGCCCAAUCUGCAAGAACCAUUCAGAAAGAACAGGAGAGAAACGGAAAUGAUUUCCUUAAAGUCAUUACGUCCAUGCACAGGGAUCUGCAAGGAAAGAGGAAAAGACAAAGUUAUAAUUGAUUAUAUAUAUCCUCUUCAGAUUCAACUGUCUUAAAUUGUGGAUAUUACAACAAGCUCUGAGUUAGGAGAUGUAGUUGGUUAUGUGACCGGUAUUUGAAGACCUGCCAAGAAUGGUGCAGAGACAGUUGAUUUUAAUCUCACUAAUAAACGGUAUGACAAUAUAAACUAUUCCGUAUGUGUGACCAUUGAUAUACUAUCUACAUGAAUGAGCCUUGCUGCAGCUUUCGGUCGGGUUGUUACCAAUGUUCCAAUCACUUCUGACACAGGAGGUUCCAUAAUCCUACAUUCCGAUACAAGUACGAGUGUAUGACAUUGCAUGGAAGAAUACAAUGUCUUAUUGGCCUAAAAGUACAAUCUGUUGGAAGCCUGGAAUAGACGGAGCUGGUGAUGCUGUUGUUGUUAAAGGAAAGGCGUAGGGAGUUUCUAGCAUUUCGAGGCCCGCAAAAUGUCUAUUGAAGAAUUUAUGUCAAUACUUCCUACAUAAUGGCAAUGAUUUUCCUUCCUAAAGCAAUUUAUAGAGCUAGGAAAAGGAUUUAUAGCUCGAUCAAUUGGUUUUAGAAACACAGCGGGUCCAGUAAAGCAUCAAGCGGUAGCUUUAAAGUACAGUCAGAUCAUUCUAUAUUCCUGAACUGUCGUAUGGAGGGAAAUUAAGAUACCUUAUAUGUGCAAACACAGAGGCUAUUCGUUAGUGGAGGCUACAUAAUGGGUACAAUAGAAUUCAUAUUGGGGGAUGCUGCUGCAGUGCUCCAAACAUGUGACAUUAUGAUCAGAAAGUCAAUGGAGAAUCAGAAGAACGCAGUAACUGCUCAAGGAAGAAUAGACAAGCAUGAAAUCACCUGAAUAGUGUUACAGAAAUGUUAAAUUUCCGAGGAUUCUUCACUUGCGCCUAAAAGGUAAAAAAAUUCGGGAUACCUUGGAAGGUCGUGGAAAGAGUACUCUAGAACGAUAGUGAUGGAAUUGGAGAUUGGUGAUGUCAUUCAACCAGAAGGUUGGCUACCAUGGGACAAAAACUUUGCGUUUUAAACACUUUAUUAUGCAGAGUAUAACAACAUAGGUGCAAGAUCCCAGGCAAAGGUAGAGUCAAGUGGCCAGGUUAUCAAGCGAGUUUUAAGACACACGAGGCAAUUUAUAUAAGGAGAAAGCUGGUUGAAAUGCGGCGAUAUUCCUGUGCUUCUAGGAUCUUUUAACUAGCUAGCUAGCACAAAGAUGGUUUACGAUAUAAAAACUAAAAAUGGAACUUCAUCCCCAGUGCAACGAUCAUCUCGGCUAGCAUGAGCCUCAUUGCAAGUGUACGUGAGUCACUAGGAUGAACAAUGAAGAUUCGCACAAGGAGAUAAAUAUGAUUGUAACUGAAGAAUGAAACAUGAUUGUAAGAAGUUCAUAAUGCUGAUUGUUUGUUAAAGUUCCGUAACUAAUUUAAUCUAUAGCUCAAGAGAUCAUUAAUAGCAGAGGAUGGCUUGAUUUCCUUCGUUUUUA